UCUCUCACGUAACCCACUCUUACACUUCAACUUUGUUAACCAGAUGUUCCUAGUAUUUUUUUAUGUUAUUCUGUUCUUUUUUGUUUUGUCUGCUUUCAAUGAGUGAAUGAUUCUAUAUCAGUGUUCAAGUUCACUCGGCCCUGCUGGACCCCUCCAGAAAAAGAGUCCACUCUGCCACUUCCAAAUUCCAUAAUUAAACUAUGGCCGGCCACAACAUAUGCAUGGUUGCUACGUUUCUCCACCCUUUUGUCUUAAACUAUAUAUCAUUAGUCAUUCUCCAAUGACAAUAAACUCAAACUAGUUCUUCACCAAUUACAGAUCACCUUGCUUUUAGUUCUACAAUUCAGAAGCUUAAGCCAUGUUCUACCACCUUAAAACAGUAUGCCUCAUAUGUUUUCUUUUACUAUCCUUUCAAGUUUCACUGCGGUCAUGUGUUUCACUCCCAAACUUGGCUUCUUGCUUGCUUAAUCACAACAUCAAAAACUUUACCACGCUCCCUUAUAAAGAACACGACCAGUCCUCUUCCUAUAAUUACUUCAAAAUUCUUAAUUUUUCCAUCCAAAACCUUCGGUUCGCAGAACCCGUGAUUCCCAAGCCAAUGGCCAUUGUAUUGCCGGAGAGUUUGGAGCAGCUGCAGAAAAGUGUAGGAUGCAGUAGAGAGAGUUCUAUGGAAAUCAGAGUAAGAUGUGGCGGACACAGCUAUGAAGGGACUUCGUAUGUGGCUGAUGAAGGCACUCCUUUUGUGAUCAUUGACAUGAUGAAUUUGAACCAUGUUUGGGUGGACAUGGAGACAGAAACAGCAUGGGUUGAAGGUGGUGCAACGUUGGGAGAGACUUAUUAUGCAAUCUCUGAAGCAAGCAACGAGCAUGGAUUCUCAGCUGGGUCAUGUCCAACUGUUGGCGUCGGAGGACACAUUGGAGGUGGUGGUUUUGGGAUGCUGUCUAGAAAAUAUGGACUUGCAGCGGACAACGUGGUGGAUGCCCUACUUGUCGAUGCUGAUCAAAAUUUGUUGGACCGUGAAACCAUGGGAGAAGAUGUGUUCUGGGCUAUUAGAGGAGGAGGAGGUGGUCUUUGGGGGAUCAUCUAUGCCUGGAAAAUCCAGUUGCUGAAAGUGCCACAGGUUGUAACCAGUUUCACCGUAUCAAGAACAGGCACAAAAAGUGAUGUUGCCAAUCUGGUGCACAAAUGGCAAUAUGUGGCACCAAACUUGGAAGAUGACUACUAUCUGUCAUGCUUUGUUGGAGCUGGUUUGCCACAAGCUAAAACCAAAGGGUUAUCAGUAACACUCAAUGGUUUCUAUCUUGGUCCUAGAAGCAGUGCUGUAUCCAUUCUAAACGAGACUUUUCCGGAGUUGGGUGUUACAGAAGAAGAAUGCAUAGAAAUGAGUUGGAUUGAGUCUACUGUUUUCUUCUCUGGCCUAAGUGAUGGAGCUUCGGUGUCUGACUUGAAGAACAGGUAUCUGCAAGAAAAAGAAUAUUUCAAGGCGAAAUCAGAUUAUGUAAGAAAGCACGUUCCUCUUGUGGGGAUAGAAACUGCACUGGACAUCCUUGAAAAGGAACCAAAGGGAUAUGUUAUUCUGGAUGCUUAUGGUGGAAAGAUGCAUAUUAUAAGCAAUGAUGCAAUUGCUUUUCCCCACAGAAGAGGAAAUCUGUUUACAAUACAGUACCUGAUAUAUUGGAAAGAAGGUGAGAAUGAGAAAAGCAGUGAUUAUGUAGAUUGGAUAAGAGGAUUCUAUGAUGCUAUGACUCCCUUUGUUUCAUGGGGUCCAAGAGCUGCAUAUAUUAAUUACAUGGACUUUGACCUUGGAGUGAGGAAGAGGAUAAGUAAUUAUGGUAAUGUGAAAGAUGGUGUGGAAAGUGCAAGAGAUUGGGGUGAAAAGUACUUCUUGAGUAACUACGACAGAUUGGUGAGAGCAAAGACCAUGAUUGAUCCUAACAACGUUUUCACCAAUGAACAGGGCAUUCCUCCUAUGUCGUCAAAGCACAGAGCAAACAAAUGAUGCCAUAUUUGUAAAUCAUGUCACUCUGAUGCAUACAGUGUGCUUCAGAAUCUAUGGUCGUAACCAA